AUAAAAGGAAACCCAGAACUACUUGGGCAUGGCUGCUGAGCUGAACUUCUCUCCCCCUGAGGUCCCAGAACCUACUUUCCUAGAGAACCUUCUUCGUUAUGGACUGUUUUUGGGAGCUAUCUUCCAGCUUAUCUGUGUUUUGGCCAUAAUCUUCCCCAUUUCAAAGUCUCAUGAAGGGGAAGGGGGACAUUUUGAGCCAAGAAAGUUUGAGGUGACCAAGAAGCCAAAGGGGGCUGCGCCUUCCCAAAGCAAAAAGUCCAAGAAGGAAACCAAGAAGAAGAGAUAGAAUAGAAUCUGCCAAACGUGGCAUAUGUGUGGCCUACUCUGCUUUCUUCAGAAUCAAGUACUCAUGAAGAGAAACCAUUGCAGAAAAAACAGAUCUUCAUAAAAAAAUUUGUCUGACAUCAUCUUCCCUUCAGAAUCUCACUUGGAAGAGACCUCAGGGGUCAUUUAAAACAGUCUCUCUGAAUAAGAAUCCUUUGUAUAGCCUCCUUCAUGAGUGAUCAUGUUGCCUCUGUUUGAAGAUUUCCAGUGAUGGGGACCUACUACCUCCUGAGGCAAUCCAUUCCACUUCUGGAUAGCUCCCUAAUUGUUAGGAAAUUUUUCCUUAACUUGAGCUGAAAUCCACCUCUCUAAAAUUUCUUCUCAGUCCUUCAGAGACUAGGGAAUUGAGUUGGCUCUAGUGGAGCAUGGGUGCCUUUUAAAGACAGAGGACCAUAUAAACAUAAGCAUUUCCUAGGCCUUAGGUGGCCAUAUCACCUUCCCAAAAGCUCUCUCUUCAAUCAGUUUUGGUUCCUGAAGCAUAACCCCUUCAGAAAGGAAAAUGUGGGUUAUGCCAUUGUGGUGACAUUUGACUUUAGGAAAAAUGAUGCAGAAUCAAGUGCAAAUUAUAUAAGCAAAGGCCAUAUAUAUUGGGAUAUUUAGUUUAAAAAUCAUGUUAAAAUAACAGCUACUUUUUAGUUUCAUAAUUUUAAAUAAUUUUUAAUAUUACAUGUAUGUACACUACAAUCCAGGAUGUACAGCCUAAUCUGAACAAGUCUUCUCAGUUCCUAAUCAGCUUUUGUCUUCACUUUUUAAAAGUGCUAAGGCCUUUCUUUGUCAGAAUGAUAUUAGCUACAGUCUUAGUAAUUAGAGAGGCUAAGAUAGUUGAAUCUGAGAGGUUGUCCAAAGGACAGGCAGCCUUAUCUUGUGGUGAAAAUGGUUUUCAUAUUCUACCCCCAAAAUAUUAAUCAUCUUUUUCCUUUUCUUAAUGAAGCAUUUUUUCAUUAUAUCCUGUGAUCUCUCUUCAGGAGAUGGAAAAGACUUCAGAAAGGAUUUCACUAAAUAAAUAUAUGUUUUCCAUGUAGAAAUUGGCCAUGGUUUCAAUCUCUAUAAUAUGUAUGCAUUUGGUUCCCCACUGCUCUCUCUUUGACCUGUUUUUAGAGCGUCCUUUGAACCUUUCCCACUCCUAACAAAAUAUUUAGCUCCAGUUUAAGGAGAAAAGAUUGGGAUGACUAUGAAAGAAGAUUAAUAAACCACAGUGCAUGACAAACCUAUUAUGUUGUCCGCUGGUGUGUGGGAGUUGUGGGGGCCAGGGGAGGAAGGAGGCAGAGUGGUGACCAUGGUACAGUGGAGAUUGGAUCUGGGGCCCAAGGACCAGAAACUGGCACUGGUUACACUCCCAGUGACUUUGUGCAGGUCUGGACUGAGGUUCCUUCCAACUCUCCAUCCAGUAUGAAGCGUAAGUCCUCAUUCUAUAAGUAAAAGGAAGGAUGAUGUAUUCUAAGAAGAAUAUUAGAAUACAGGUGAUGUAUAAGGCAGGGUAUCAUUACAGUCUUAAUGUCUCAGAGACGCAGUAGAGGUAGAUUUGGUUGUUUUGAUAAGUCACAUAAUUAGAAAGAUACUGUGAAUAGUCUCAAGGACAGUUGACAGGUAACAAGUAUAUAUUAAGUGCCAAUUAACAGACACAAAGCAAAAAGACUCUGCCCUCCAGGAGCUUGCAUUCUAAUGGGAGAAGACAAUAUAAAAGCUGGAAAUUGAGGAGGACAUUGCAAAGAGAAGCACAGAAGAGAAGGAAGCAUGGCAGUCCUGGGUGCCACAUUAAAAUGGAAGGAACUCACCAAUAGGAGAAGGAAGCUGGUGUGGCAGAGAGAAGUCCCAGAUUGAGAAAGCAGAAGGGGUUCACAGCUCAUUGGGAUGGUUCUUAGUCAUUGGAAAAAAGGAAGUUACAGAGCCAUAUCUGUAUUAGAUUUUCCAAUGGAUUUAUGACUUUUGCAUAGGUUUUUCUGGCAUGAGAAAAAGAGAACUUGAGUUCUAAAACUGGCUUUGAAAAGGUAACGAAAGUUUAAAGCCAUUAAUUAUGUCAUGCAGGCCAGAUAAAUUUGGGUCUCUGACUUCUAUAACAACUACAUAGGACAGUGAACUUCUUAUUUCAGUACGGGGGUGCUCAGUACUAUACUGUAGAUGGUUUCAUGGGUUUCAUGGUCAAAAAAAUUUGAUGACUAACCUAGUAAUCAGCUUCUGAUUUAGAGUGAUUCAUGUAUCACUGGGCCUUUUGAGUCUGAGCUUAUGUCGUGCUGAGAGACUGUGAGAGUCCAUGGGCAUCUUCACUCCAUAAUGAAGCUGUUGGAUCAGGACUUUUUGGGAGUGUUUUGUUUUUGCUUUUUGCUCUGGACCUGUGAUCUCAUUGUAAAAAAAUUCCUUUUGCCAGUGCCGAUUGGCAGCUCUUCAGUAGUAAAGAAUCUUAGGCUUCCUUGGUAGUAUUUGGAAUGUGGACUCCAAAGCCAGUCCUCUUAUCUCUUGCUAUGGUUACUGCCUCUGUUUAUAGUCAUAGAUUGACUAUAAAGCUAAAUAGCCUAUGUGUAAGGCUUUUUACUUGCCACUGUGGAGGAAGAUGUGAUCCCUUAUCUAAAAACAAUUUACAAUGUAGUUAUAAAAAACCUUCAUUUUAAGGAGACUCUCCAGGCCUGCCAUGUCUUCAUUCCUCUCUAGGUUCCAUUCUUGAUUCUUGACUUAACUGUGCUAAAGAAGCCUCUUGAACCUGGAAAUUCAUUCAACUCACUGAGAUGUUGGUAAAUAUUUUAACAACGAACUCUGAGGAGAAAAUGUACAUAUGGCAUCCUUAAGUUUAAUCUGCAUUAUUAACAUUUUCUCCAUUACUUUCUUAAAUCUAGACGACCAACAAAACAAUCAACAAAUCAAACCCUAAUUUGUGGCUUCUGAUUUCCAAAGUAUAAAUGCUUACAGUGAAAAUUCAACAAUCUGUUUUCAAGAGCAAGCUAUUUUGAGCUAGCUCUACCACAUCUUUGACUUUAUCCCUGGACUUCUCACUGGAAGUACAUUCUAUCCCUCUAGCCUCUUCCUCUGAUUGUCUGGUUCCUCCCAGAACUUUUAUUUGAAGGAAAAUACUUUAACUUGUUGAUUUCAAUUAAAUAAGCAUUUAAGUUUCUGCUAUGUCUUUGUACACUUUGCAGUACACUGGUGGUAUAAGGCAAAAUGAAAAGUCCCUGUUCUUGGGGAGUUUACCUCUCCCAAAGAGGAAGACGAUACACAAAUAAGCAAAUACAAAGUUUUGGGCAGAAAUGCCUCAUGUUGAAUGUGAUCCCUGAACUAAAGCCUUGAAUGGAAGUAAAAGUUCUGAGGGGGGAAGGAAUGAGCAUUUAUUAAGCACUUGCUAUAUCCAGUGCUUUGUUUAGUACUUUAACAUAGCUCAUUUUAUCCUCAUAAUGUCCUGUGAUUUAGUUGCUGUUAAACUAAUUUUACAGUUGAAGAUGUAGGCAGACAAAAAUUAAAUAACUUGUACAAAAUCACAGCUAAUAAGUGUCUGAGACUAGAUUUGAAACUCAGGUCUUCUUGACUCCAGGCCCAGCAUGCUCCAUUAAGCCACUGCUGCCUUGAGAUUCUAAGAGUUGGAGGAAAGGAAAGGGGGCAAUUCCAGGCAUAAGGAACAGCUUACACAAAGGUAUAGAAGUAAGAAAUGGAACGUCUUGUUCAUGGAACAACUAGACCAAGUUGGUUUGAAUCUAAUAGAUUGAGUUAUGAGAUUGGUGAGAGCUUUGAGGUUUGUGAAAUCAGUCUUGAAGCCAUAUUAUGAUGUGCUUCAAAUGCCAAAAUUGGACAUAUACAUGAGGUCAAAAUACAAAGUAAUAGUCAUUUAAUUUUUAGACAGGUCACAGGGAAAUAUGUAAAAUUUAGUUAAGAUAUGAGCUUAUAGACCAAUAAGAACAAAAGACCUUGGAAGAAUCUGUGAGGAAGGGCCCUUUGAGCUACCAGAAGAAUAGUGUAGACAAUAGCACCAUGGAAAUUCAGAGGAGGAGGAGAGCAUUAAUAGAAUCUCCAUGACUUCUAAAUUUUUUUCCCAUUUAAACACAAAGGGAUUUCCACUGAAGUAAACUCUUGCCUGAGGGAAAAAAAAAUUCCUUUGCAUCUCCAAUACCUAUUCCUGGGGCUUUGUGCCCAAUUAGUGCUUAGUAAAUAUUUGUUGAAAUUUGUGCAGAGAUUUACAGUUCUCAAAAUGCAGUAUGACAAUAUCUUACAUUUAUAUAACACAUCAAACACCUGGUAGAGUAGCAGAUAGUAUUCUUGAUCAGGAAGGGAAAUUCCCUCUACCAGCAGGUUAUCAUAGGUUAAGUGACUUGCAUAGGGUCAUUCCUAAAAUGAUCUUCCUAUAGUAGGUCUGACUAUCUCAGUUUUUCUGCUGAUAAACUCCAGUAGCUCUCUGUCUGUCAUCUUCAGGAUCAAAUAUUUAAUCCUUUCUCUGCUACCUAAUACCCUUCACAACUUGCCCCCACCUUCUUACUCCUUAGACCCUUCUCCCCACCUUGCUCUGCUUUCCAAUAAUAUUGGCUUCUUUAUUGUUUCUCACAAGACACUCCAUUUCCCAAUUCUGGGCAUUUUCAUUAGCUAUUCUGCAUGCUUGAAAUACUAUCCCUCAUUUUCAUUUCUUGACUUUCUUGGCUUCCUCCAAAUCUCAGCUAAAAAGCACCUUCUACAAGAAGCCUUUUCCUAUCAUUGAAUUCCAGUGCCUUUCCUCUGUUGAUUAUUUCCAUUUUAUCCUGUAUAUAGUCUGUUGGUAUAUUAAAUUUGUAUGUCUUUCCAUUAGACUCAGCUGCUUGAGAAGAGAGACUUUAACCCUUUUUUGUAUCCUCAGUGCUUAUUUAGCACAAUUCCUGGCUCAAAGUAAGGCUUAAUAAAUGUUUGCUCACUGACAGCAUAUUUCAGUAGUAGAACAGAAAACUUGCUCUUUCUGACUCAAGUCUUUCUAGACUUGCUCAUUGUGCUAUGCUGCUUAUUCUGUUAUCAGUGAAUAAGUUCAGAAAGGUUGUACCUUGCCCAAAGCCACAUAAUAUGUACACAUAAUACCCAAGUUUAGUGCUUAUGAUUAUGUAUUCUUUCCAUAUAACUUUGAUUCUAACAUCUCUCACUUUUUGAUUCACUGAUUAUUGUUGUUGACCACUGUAUUUUAAAGUUGUUAUAUAUGAAGUAAAUAUCACUAAAGAACAAUAUUCCUUUAAAAAUGAAAGCCAUUCC